AUGGGUUCUUGGAUGGUCAGGCAAUGCGCGCUAGUGCUGUUUGGGGACACGCUUGAAGAAGGUGUUGCUCAGGACUGCAGUUUUGCCAACAUAAGCUUCAAGCGAUUGGAGAUCGCAGCAAACCAUGAAAGAGGUACGGGCGAUCUCGAUGUCAUCCUCGCCAACUCUGCUGUUGAAGUGACCUACACAGCUGCAAUCAGCUCUUGUGCUCUCCGGACAGUUUCACAAGAACUGAAGAUGCCAGUGGCUGGCAUCAGCAUCAGGCUGUGCCCUGAGAAUCCUACAGUGAUGGAGGUCUCCUCAGAGGGUCGACGACGGAUGGACCGAGAGAGGCAGACCCUACGCGCAAAGAUCAUUGUGAAGCAGUUGAAGCUAGAAGGUACAAAGACCGGACUCCACGGGAAGACUCCCGUGCUCAGUCAGGGCAAGGAGUUCGAGUGGGAGUAUGUCGCAGACCUUUACACGAAACUUUUGAGCGCAGAGACUUGUCGGAGACGCAGACACACGGUGCCUGGCUACCUGGCCAAGCAAGCUGAACUGAAGGCCAAGGGAGUCUCUGAUGUGAUUGUGUACUGCGUCAACGACUGCGCCGUCAUGGAUGCCUGGGCAAAGGACCUGAAGGUUGACGGGUCCAUCGUGUCCUGUUAUGGAGACAGUGGCUCGCUUCUCACCAAGGCGUGUGGAUUGGAACUCAAACAUCCAGGGGUGCUCCAAGUCCUUGGCAAUCCACGUUGCAAGAGGAGCACCAUGAUCGUGGAAGACAUGGUGGUCAAGGAGAUUUUUGUUGCAGAAUCAGAGAACGAUCCCUCGGGAGAUGCCGCUCCAGAGAGCACAUUUGUCGACAACAUCUUGGCACACUUGUAA